UAGAAGAAUAACUCUGACAAUAUGAUGAAACAAUAUAAUGCCAUGCAUGAACAUAAUUACUUUUGUGAUAAUAAAAAAAAAAAUUUUCGAUGGCAUGAUAAAAAAGUAAAUCAUACCGUAAAGAUAAUUAAUGAUUGUGAUGAAUACGAUUCUACAUUAGAUUGGUACAGAGACUUAAGUUCAAGUGAUGAAGAGGAAAAUAUAAAAGAUAUGCCUCUUUCUCAUUUAUUAAAAAUAGAACUUGAAAACGACUUAUUGAAAAAUUGCAAAAAUAAAAAAUCCUCAAAAGACCAACAAUAUGAUGAAUUAAUUAAUAAAAAUAAUCAAAAUAUGUUAAAUAUUUCUAAUAAUUCAAAUAAUAUAAUACCAAAUAUUUCAAUGAAUAAAAAAGCAAGAACUGAUCAUUACAAUAAUAGUUUGCAAGGUGUGAACUUUUCAUUAGAUACAAUCAAUCCAAUAGUCAAGAAAGAUAAUGAUAAUGUUACGAAAACAUCUGAAAACAUUGUGUGUCCACCAUUAAAUUGGAUUCAUUUAAUAUAUUUAGCUAUAAAAAAUUCUGCUACAGAGAAUGUAUCUUGUCUUGAUAUACAGCGUUUUGUCAGAUAUUGGUUCCCCUUUUAUAAAAAAAAUUCAUAUAUUGGAUAUAUUCAUAUAAUAUUAAGCCAUAUAAUUAAUGAUUUCCAUGAAAAGUAUUUUUAUUGUAAUUCAUUUCCAAUUGAUAUUGAUCAACAUGAUACAUGGACUGUUAAUAGUUUCUAUAUAAACACAUUAGAAAAAAGUUUGAUUAAAUUUGUUGAAAACAAUGAAGAUAAAAUAAAAGCAGCAAUGACCAAUCCUGAUAAUUUAUCAACAAUAGUAAAUGGAUACGGUGUAUUUUAUUUGGGAUUUAGCCAAAAUCUUUAAAUAUUACUGUCAACUGAAUAAUCAAUACUAUCAUAUGAUUUAAUCUGGAGGUUACAAAUAAAUAUUCGCUGUUAAUCGGUUGGAUAAAAAUGGUCAAUUAUGGCAACCAAAGUAUCACAGUUUAAUUUGCAGUAAACAUUUUAUUGGCAACCGAAAAUCCAAGGAUCCCAAAAGUCCUGCAUUUAUUCC